ACGCCGCAUGCUCCAAGACUGCAUGCAUCGACGCCGAGGGGAUGAGGCCAUGAGGGGAAUGCGCGCGCAGACGAUGCCGUGCAGCGACGAUGCGCUCCUCCAGUGCGACGAGGACGCGGGCGAGCUGGAGCGCUUCGACGACUCGGGGCCCUGCGCCGCCGGCUCCACUGCCGGUUCCGGUGAGCCGCUGGUGCCAGAGGACUACUCCGACGUGUACGUCGCUGGAGAGGCCACGUGCUCGCCGACGGCGAGAUGCCCGGGACGGCCGAGGUGCGAUCGGCUGGCCGGCUGGUCAGAGUCCGUCUCCUGGAUCCUCAAGGCCCGGUCGUACCACGGCUUCCAGCCGGCGACGGCCUACCUCGCCGUGAGCUACAUGGACCGGUUCUUGUCCUCCCGCAGCCUGCCGGACCAUGGAUGGGCACUGCAAUUGCUGUCUGUGGCUUGCCUGUCUCUGGCUGCCAAGAUGGAGGAAACCUCAGUACCACCAUUACUGAACCUUCAGAUUGAGAGCACAAGGUUCAUUUUCGAACCACGCACCAUUCAAAGGAUGGAGCUCCUCGUCCUCUUGGAGCUGGAUUGGAGGCUCCGGUCCCUGACGCCUUUUGCGUUCAUCGAUCUCUUUGCUUGCAAGGCCGAUUCGUCGGGAAGAUGCACAAGAAGUCUGAUCUUGAGAGCAUGCCAAAUUACUCUCAAUGCAAUCCAUGAAACCGUGUUCCUGAGCCACUGCCCGGCGUCAAUGGCGGCAGCCGCCGUGCUCCAGGCGGCGAACGAGAUGUCAACAAUGUCAUGCAUCAGUGUCGUCAGCCCAGAGGUAGCUGCGUCGUGGUGCAUUGGCCCGAGCGAGGAAGAGAUACGAAGUUGCUACCAGCUGCUACAUCAGCCAUCAGCACUGACAACGACGGCAAGGAGGAAGAAGCGUCCGAUGAUCCUCUCGCCGCAGCUGAGAACAUCGCCGUCGUCAGUAACCUCGUCUUCCCCGAGCAAACGGCGGCGCAAACUGAACGACCAUUUCGCAGAAGAGUGACACUUGACAAGAACGCAGCUAUAUCUUGUUUUUCCUGGGAGUUAAUUCGUCAGCAUUUUCUGUUCAUUGAUGAGUCCUUUCCUUUUUUUCCUCCCUUUGUUGCUGCUGCUGCUGUGCUUCAAGUUCUAAUUAAGCAGCUAAUUAAAUAUAUAUCUUUGUAGUUUAUCCAGAAAAACAUGGAAAUUACUUAAGCAUAAAUCUGGAGAAGUAUAAUUAAAGAAGAGCACCUGUUGUAUGAUGAAUUGAGGGGCACCAAUGGACCAUUAGACCAACAAUUAGUGCAUUACUUUCAGGAAAGUGAUGCAAAG